CACACGGCGCGGAUCAGCGAUCAGCUGAUUUGACUUAGAGUGAAACAGUGACAACUAGUGAGAGUGAGAGCAAAGAUUGCCGCAUUUCGAAAAAACUUAAUUCAAAUUUCAAUUCCAUUCCGAGUAUGGUAUAGCAUGCCGGCAAUGUUUCACGGUGUGAUUGGCCAAGUGGUACUAUAAAGUGUAGUUUUAUCUUACACACUUACACUGCCCUGAGCAGAAUAUGCAAACUUUCAGAUACAUUUAUGAGUGCAAACAUUAAAAAAAAAGAAAUGAGCAGACGCAUCUGUGAGCUCGCAUAGUUUGUGUAGUGAUAAAAAUGUGAAGUGCGGUGAACUGAAGUAAAACAAAGGCGAGCACACAUAACAUAAAACACGUAUAAAGUAAAACACUCAAAAGUCAACAACGACGAAGUCCUCCACUAAAAGCUUGCCCCAGUUCGAAUUUAUCAUAAGUACAUACGCACACACACACACCCGUAGUGAUAAAAACAAGAAAAAUGAACUCUAUAGAGGAGUUUGAGCGUAUCCGGCAGCAGGAGCAGGAGCAGCAAUUCGAACUGGAGUUGCAACUGCAACGCAAUCGCACGAUGAGCAAGCACGCACAUCCAACACUCUCCGAGUACUACACACACAUGACAGCAUUUGUCUCGCUGGCCAUCUUUAUAGCCGCACUGCUGACCAUACUCAACAUAUGCAUAUAUUUGACAACUGUGUCGCGACUGCGCCGUCAUCUAAACAAACCGCUGAUGAUACCCUCUAUAUUAAUGGUCAGCAUGUAUCCAGUUAUAUCGGUGGCUGCUUUAGUUACCAUACUGGUGCCCUAUUCCUGGUUCAUGUGCCACACAGCGAUGCACGUCAUGUUCAUGAUGGGUGGCCCCGUGUUUCGCACUCUACUCUUCCGCUACGUGGACUCGGAGCAGAACUAUAUAAAAGAGACAUCUGGGCAGGCGGUGGAGCUGACGACACCACCCUGUUGUUGCUGCUGCUCGUGCCUGCCGUUGGUGGUGCCGACGCAGACGAAACUGUGCAUCUCACGUUAUAUGGUGUGGCAGAUGCCCUUCUGGCAGGGCAGCAUUAUGUUGGUCAUGAACGUACUCUACUAUCGUGAUAUAAACCUCUACCAUGAAGUGAUGCUCUUCUUCGUACCAUUUCUUAUUACAUCCAUUGUAAUGGGCAUUUGGUCACUGCAAAUCACCGUGCGCAUGAUUACCAAACUCCGUGGCGACUAUCAACUGAGGAAGAAGAUGUUCUGCCUGCAAUUGGUUGUGAUGCUGUGCAAACUGCAAUAUCUGUUUCUCUAUGAGCAGCUCAACUCGUUCAAUCUGGGCGGUGAAUAUCCCAUCAAUCACACCGUCUACAAACAGACCAUCAUCAAUAUUCUGAUACUGGUCGAAAUGGUUCUGGUUUCCAUGAUGGCGCAGAGCGCCUAUCGCAUACCAGUUCAGGUCCAGGUGGAUGAGUCGAAUCGUAACUGAAAUUGUGCACUUCAGUAGUGGCUAGAGUUAUAGCAAAUGAUUGUGAUAAUUUAAUAAAGACAAAUUAGCUUAAAAAUAAUAAACAUAGUAAA